UUGCAGUUGGCUACGCCCUCCAGCUCACCAAAACAGCCUCAAAAACAACCAUUUCCUCUCUGCUGAGAGACUGAGAAACUCCAGCUCAAGUGCACACACAUACUUCCUUGCUGUGUGUGCUCUGCUUUCCAGGACCUGCCAUAGGCGGUGGAGCACCUGGACCGGGCCCAGGCAGCUAGGGGCAGCUGCUGAACCUGCACUGCUCCCACACCUGCCAGAGUGUGCCCUGGGCCCAGCUCCCUCAGCGCCUGAACUACUUUGUUUUCUGCUGCACAGGAGAGCACACUCCUUUGGCCUCUGCUUCCAGGAAGACAGCACUCACGAUUCUGGAUUUGCGCUGGUGCCCCCGUACCCUCCCCAGGAUGGGCCUUGCAGCAACCGGCUUCAGCACAGGCUCUGCCUUGCUCCAGGUGCAGGAAGGAGGAUAAAGCAGUGCUGUAAGGCAGGCUCACCUGGACAGGUCCUAUGGGCCUCUCCUGACAUCGACCCCUCCAAGCAUCUCCUCUGCCUGGCUGGAGCCUCCUGUGCCACCACCAAGAAUGAGUGGCGAUGUUCUCUAGGCUUCCCUAGCAGCGUCUCAGCUCUCCCUUGGUGCAUAGCAGCUGACAGGGACUUGGGGUUUCUCGGAUAAGUGGCAACACCGGCAGUCAGCAAUGACUGUCCAGAGACUCGUCGCUGUGGCUGUGCUGGUGGCCCUGGUCUCACUCAUCCUCAACAACGCAGCGGCCUUCACCCCUAACUGGGUAUACCAGAUGCUGGAGGAUGGGCGCAAACGCAGCGUGGGGCUCUGGAGGUCCUGCUGGCUGCCAGACUGGGGCCGGGCAGGGCCUGGCCCUGGGGCCAAAGCCGGCCAGGUGGACAUACAGGACUGUGAGGCCCUGGGCUGGGGCUCUGAGUUGGCUGGCUUCCAGGAGUCCCGGGGCACUGUCAAACUGCAGUUCGACAUGAUGAGAGCCUGCAACCUGGUUGCCACAGCAGCGCUUGCUGCAGGCCAGCUCACCUUCAUACUGGGGCUCACAGGCCUCCCCCUGCUGUCACCUGAUGCCCAAUGUUGGGAGGAGGCCAUGGCUGCUGCAUUCCAGCUAGCAAGUUUUGUCCUGGUCAUUGGGCUGGUGACUUUCUACAGAAUCGGCCCAUAUACUAACCUGUCCUGGUCUUGCUACCUGAACAUUGGUGCCUGCCUUCUGGCCACCCUGGCAGCAGCCAUGCUCAUCUGGAACAUUCUUCACAGGAGAGAGGACUGCAUGGCACCCAGGGUGAUUGUCAUCAGCCGCUCCCUGACAGCACGGUUCCGCCGGGGGCUGGACAAUGACUAUGUGGAGUCACCGUGCUGAGCUGCCCUCCUCGAGGCUCUCUGUGAAGAUCCAUUAUCACAGAAGGUCCUAGAAACUGAGGGAUUCUGCCAAGUCACUGUCAUUGUGCAGAGGCACAUGCUAAGCCCAUAUGUGUACACAUAUGUAUGAUACACAUGUACCUUUACUGUUACAUAUAAGUAUAUAUAUGUGUGUGUGUAUAAUAUGUCUACACCUGAUGUGGUCAGCACACGUGGCUUCAUGUGUAUGCUCAAGGGUGGAGACCAGACUCUGAGACUUGGAGUGAGUGUGUGGCUGCCAGGCUUUCCUCUGUGGUUGGGAUUAAUUUAUUCUGCAUCUGCUGGGAGGGGCCAUAUUUUACUUGGGUAAAGCAGAACACCCAGGAAGAUUUUCUUGAAAUAGCCAUGAUAUAACUUGAGUAAGAAUCAUAACCGGAGAGUAAUGGUUUUAUGAUGAUAGCAUGUUCAUAGUGUACGUCUUACUCCCAACUAUUUUUCUUUACCUAAGUUAAAAUAAAUGCAAACCUCUUAACUCUGAAACUUGUGUUUUGUCCAUCUACAUUGCCACAUGAGUGAAGAGAAUUUGAUCAAUUUUUUGGUAAUGUUUUCAGGCUGAUGUUAAGGGUUGAAAUAAACUUUUUUUUUUUGGUUGAAAUAACCUUUUUAAAGUCUUAGUGGAGCAUCUGCCCCUGCUCACGUCUUCAUUCAAUUGGAUCUCAGAGUCCUUGUCCCUACAGACUCUGAAAACAAUCCCUACAGACUCUGAAAACAAUGGCCAUGUGAUGGCAGGUCAAUAGCUAGUACAAUAAGAAGGAAGAAAUCUACAUACUUUAAAUGAAAUUCAAACAGAUUGGUUUAUUUACUUUUUUCCAUCCAAAAUCUUCACCCUAUCUUUAGCUAAAUGCUUGGCAAGCUACAAAAUGCCUCCACGACCCACAUUCAUUACAAAUAACAGCAAUUCCAAAUCUCCUAAAUCUAUAAGAGAUCUAUAAGCUAUAAUUCUGCAGGCUAUGCAGAAAACAUCUAAGAGCUACAACUCAGGGGUCAGAACCUGCAUAGCCAGAAUCCAGCUGCGUGCGUGCGUGCGUGCGUGUGUGUGUGUGUGUGUGUGUGUGUGUGUAACUGGUGCAGUGCUAUCCCAGGCACUUUCUCUGACUGAGAGCUGCAUGGCUGCCCAGAGGCAGCAGGAUGGGGAAACUGACAGCGGGGUCAGAGGGUACCAUGAGCUAGGGCCUAGCUAUCUGGCUGCCUCUCCUUGAAUAAAUGCCUAGCUUUGUUGCUUUUGACCUUCCAGCAAAUGUAAGGUGAUAGAUUUGGAUUUUGAAGCCCACGUGGCCCCAGGAAUUUGUCUUCACCUGACAGUAACUGAAAUGUACUUAUAGACUGACCACUUACAUGUGCAGAAAGACACAGAUUACUCAUCAACAGGCAACAAAAUCCCUGCCAGAGGCACCGAACCCCUUAGGGUUGAUGGAAAUUAUCACUGUUUCGGGUCUGGUUUCAAGAAAUGGAUACCAUGAACUUAUCCUUCAGCCUUUGACCCACUAACAUCAAACUUUCACACCUGGCACAGCCAGCAAAGAGCACUAGAAAACUGGAUUUGCAGAUGUAGUUCAGCACACCAAUGCCAACAGUUGGCUUUUAGCUUCCCCCACUUGACUUUUUUCCUAUGAGAUUUUUAUUUCUAAUCAUAUGCUAAAAAUAAUUGUUUUUUAAAAGAAUAAUGGACUAUUUGAGACACUGUACAAUUUUUCUCAUAUUACAUACAUGACUAUGUAACUACACUAAAAUUUUAACACUGGCCAUUUGUCAGUUACAGUCUAUAAUCACAUUUAUAUUAAGUAAAAAAUAAUCAGCUGAGCACAGUGGCUCAUGCCUGUAAUCCCAGCACUCUGGGAGACUGAGGCUCACAGGUUCAAGACCAGCCUGAGCCACAGUGAGACCCCUGCCUCUAAAAAUAGCCAGAUGUUGUGGCAGGUGCCUAUAGUUCCAAGUACUCAGGAGGUUCAGGCAACAGAAUGGCCUGAGCCGGAGAGUUUGAGGUUGCUAUGAGCUAUGAUGCCAUGGAACUCUACCGAGGGCAAUACAGUGAAACUCGUCUCAAAAAAAAAAAAAAAAAAAAAAAAAUCAGAAAUAAUCAGAGAUAGACUAGGCUGUGCCACACAGUCGCUCCAGCACAUUCAAGCCAAGAAGUCCUCUCAUCUGCAUGGCCAGUGAGAAAGGCUCUUCCCGUGGAGAUGAAGGAGCUUUGGCCACACUGUCUCAGUAGGACAGGGGGCUGGGGCUGUACUGUCUCUUGUGUGACAGGAAUCAAAGAGGGAGGGAGGGCUCAAUGCAGGCAGCUUAACUGUAUAUCCUCUUUUCCCACUUUUGUUUCAUUCUUCAAUAAUUUCUUUGUCUUUUGGAAAUUAAA